AUGGGCUGCAUGAAAUCAAAGCAAACGUUCCCAUUUCCUACCACAUUAGAGAAUGAGAAGCGACAUGCAAGUGAAGAAAGUUUUAUGCCAGAGGGGCGACUGCUACCAAGGAUGCCUUUGCCAGUUGUUAAAGAGAAAGUGGAGACACCCACCGAGCCCAAUAGUUUGAUCCUCGAAUAUGCACACCGUCUGUCCCAGGAAAUCUUGAAUGAUGCCUUGCAGCAGUGGGCAUGCAAUAACAUCAGAUACUGUGAUAUCCCAUACAUUGAGAGUGAGGGGCCCUGA